CAUUUGGCUCUGACACCUCAUGUGCUGGGCGGGCAGGCGCAGUGCUUCUUUCCCCUCCCCUGCUGCAUGCCGGCUUGGGGCCCGUCUCCUCCCCCCGUGCAAAGGGGCCGGCCGGCCCAUUGUCCAUUUUCCGAGGUCCCGCCUUGCCCGCUCUUUGUGCUUCCGCCGGGCUGGUAACUGUCCCGUGGUGCCGGGUCGGGGUGCAGCGCUGGCGGCGGGCAGGAUGAGCUGCGAGCGGCCGGGAGUUCUGGGGCUGGGGCUGCUGCUACUGCUGGCCGGGGCGCGGGCGCAGUACGAGCGCUACAGCUUCAAGAGCUUUCCCCGGGACGAGCUGAUGCCGCUGGAGUCCGCCUAUCGCUACGGCCUGGACCAGUACAGCAACGAGAACUGGCCCGAGAGCGUCAGCUACCUGGAGGUGAGCAUGCGGCUGCACCGCCUGCUUCGGGACAGCGAGGCCUUCUGCCACCUCAACUGCAGCGCCGCCCGCCUGCCGCCGCGCGGCUCCCCGGCCCGCUUCGCCGGCUUCCCGGAGCUGCGCCUCUUCGCGGACGUGCUGCAGCGGGCGCAGUGCCUCAAGCGCUGCAAGCAGGGGCUGCCCGCCUUUCGCCAGUCCCAGCCCAGCCGCGAGGUGCUCGACGAGUUCCAGAGGCGAGAGCCCUACAAGUUCCUGCAGUACGCCUACUACAAGGCUGAUAACUUUCCAAAAGCCAUUGCAGCAGCUCAUACAUUUCUGCUGAAGCACCCAAAUGACGAGAUGAUGCAGAGGAAUAUGGCUUAUUACAAGAGCAUGCCUGAUGCCGAGGAACAUAUUAAAGACUUGGAGACAAAGCCAUAUGAGACUCUCUUUGUCAGGGCUGUGAGGGCAUACAAUGGGGAUAACUGGAGGACCUCCAUCUCUGAUAUGGAGCUGGCACUUCCUGAUUUCUUCAAAGCCUAUGAUGACUGCCUUGCAGCCUGUGAAGGCUCCCGGGAGAUCAAAGAUUUUAAAGAUUUUUAUCUUUCAAUAGCAGAUCACUACAUUGAAGUCCUUGAAUGCAAACUGCAGUGUGAAAUCAACCUGACACCAGUCAUAGGAGGCUUUGUUGUGGAGAAGUUUGUGGCAACCAUGUACCAUUACUUACAGUUUGCCUAUUAUAAAUUGAAUGACAUGAAGAAUGCAGCCCCUUGUGUUGCUAGCUACAUGCUCUUCGACCAGAAAGAUGAAGUGAUGAAACAGAACAUGGUCUACUAUCAAUACCAUAAAGACAAAUGGGGACUCACAGAGGAAGAUUUCCAGCCUAGACCAGAAGCAGUUCGAUAUUCUAACAUAACCACACUUCAGACGGAAAUGUAUGAAUUUGCAAAGCAGCAUAUAAUGGAUGAUGAUGAGGGUGAAGUUGUGGAAUUCCUUGAUGAACUCCUUGAAGUGGAUGAAAACAGUGAAUCCUGAUGAACAAAAACAAAGCAUAGGUUUUUUUUAAAAAAAUAAAGACCCACUGUUGUGUCUUCAUAUCCUCAUUUGUAGCUCAAGUUAGAGAUACUUCGAAGCUAUGCCUUUAACCUCAGUCAAAUGUCAUGAAUCUUUCCUGUGCGAUCACUGCCACACUGCACUGAACUUUUUCAUGAGUGUGGUUUUUCACUGUAUGCUCUCAAAGUUGAGCCAUAUGGGGUAUAAUCUUGUGUCUGAUUUCUUUAAAAUGGUACUUUAAAAAAAGAAAGCUAUUCAGAUGCUCUCACCUGUCACUGAGCUUCCUUCAGUCUGCUCAGCUAAAUUGUAGUAGCUUGGCUAAAUUCUGAAGAAGUUUUGCCAGAAUAUGGACCAAGUAAUUGAAUAGGGCAUAUCAAUUCUCCAGAUUUUCUGAGGCAUGUAAUGGUAUUUUGUAUAUGGCUUUCCCCGUGAUGAGUAACAAACUUGCACUAAAUUUCAGUGCAUCAAAAGAUGCUAAUACAUCAAACAGACUGCUCCAUAAUUUAGAUUGUAAACUUUUUGGGCAAAGACUCUUCUAUUGUUCUGUUUGUACAAUCCCUAGUAGAGUGGGGUCCGGGUCCACACCUAGCGUUCCCAGGCAUUAUGGUAAUAAUAAAAAAACAAAAACAAAAAAAACUGAAAUGUGCUUUAACUGACUUAGCUAGUUAGAGAGACAAGGUGGAUGAGGUAGUAUUUUUUUUUUUCAUUUUAUUUUAAUAAAAUAUAUUACCUCACCCACCUUGUCUGUAAUAUCCUGGGACUGACAGGGCUACAACUACACUGACUUAACUAAUGGCCUUUUAAAAACUGCUCUGAGAAAUUGCUUCUGUCAGCAAUUUUGAUCUGUCUUGAAAAUUGCACGAGGUUCAAUAGCAUGAAGCAGGAGAUCAGUCAGAAUUCAUGCAAUAAGUAGUUAAAUUUCUCUCUCUCUCAAUUUUUGCUCCUUUAGGGCCCAAUCGUGCAUACCUCUUCUCUCACAAGUAGUUCUUGUCCAUGUGAGUAGUUUCACUUAUGUGAGUAAGAGCUAAUCAGGUAAAAAGUAUGGUUUGUGUAUUCUCUCAUCUAGAUAAGGGUUUUCAGGCUCUUUAGUCUGAUGGGCAAUCUGCAUAUUUUCAUACCCAAAAGGAAGUAGAGAUAAAGCUAUCUGUUCUGAAGAACGAUUUAUCUUAAUAAAGAGCAAACUUGAGAUGUAAUCAUAAUCUCUGUACCCAUUGUUGAUGGUAGAUAGGAUGUAAUCAUGAAGAAUACAUCUAUACCAGCUUUUGACCAUAGGUGGGAGGACUAUUUGGGAGAUUGAACUCCUACCUUUUUCACUAGUGUAUUUUCCUUGUUCUGUUAUAUGAUCCUGCCCUAUAAACAAGUAUUUUGAAGACCAUGAAAAAUAUUGUAUUUAAAGAUAAUGGGUGAAAUCCUGGCCCCAUUGAAGUCAAUGGCAAAAGUCCUAUUGAUUUCAGUGAAGCCAGGAUAUUAGGUCUUUCUUUAAGAGCUAGAACCUGCAAGUGUUUGAGGUCUACUCACUUCAAUGGGAGGCAAGGACAUUCAGCCCCUUUCAUGGCUGAGCCCUAACUCAGCUAUGGAGUUCCAGUAUGUGCAAGUAAAUUUGGAGAAGCAUGGUCAGUAAAAAUAACUUGAACCCUGCUAUUUUGCUUACACAUUUACCAGCUAUACGCUAGCUCCAAGCUGUAUCGGAGAAUAAGAAAGGAAAUCCACAGUUGAGGAAUCAUUUUUAGAUUUCAGAGUAGCAGCCGUAUUAGUCUGUAUCUGCAAAAAGAACAGGAGUACUUGUGGCACCUUGGAGACUAACAAACACAUUUAUUUGCUCAAAUAAAUGUGUUAGUCUCCAAGGUGCCACAAGUACUCCUGUUCAUUUUUAGAUUGUUCUGCAAUCCCUAGUCAUAAAAAAACCCAAACCCUUAAAAUAAAAUAUAACCAAAGAUGUACAGGGUCAGAUUCUGUCUGCUGUUUCUCUUGCUUUUCUACCAGAACAUUUAGUUUGCUGAAAGCUGGGGAGUGAAUCCCCAUACUAACCUGCUGCAGGUUAAUUGUCAUUUGGACCCUGCUGACCUGCAUUAACAGUUAGCUAAUGCACUUUGAUGUAGUCUCAUUUCAAAGAGGACUAGAUCAAUGUGGAUCAGAAGGGUCCACAGGAACAGUUAGUUCACAGCAGGCUGCCAUAGUAGAUUCAUACCCCAGUUGGCUGCUAAAUGUUCUUGUAAACAAUCCCUUAAAUCCCAAUUUAAUCCAUUGACUUCAAUGGAUUAAGUUCUCUUUUGUGUUACACAGUUGUAUAUCCAGCAUAAUAUCCCCAUUAAUUUCAGUGCAGCUACCCUUGUAAUGGGAGCAGAAUUUGGCCCACUCUCUGCCUUGGUGCUUUAGCAUAUGUGGCAUGUUGUUGUGCUUCACAUUAGUGUUUGUUUAUUGUAUGUUUAUGCAUGAAUUUAACUCUGCUUCUAAAAUGUGUAGCAGCUUAUUAUAAGCUGUUUUCAUUCCAUACUAAAAUAUACCCCUCAUCAUUGUAUAGGAGUGCCUGUACCCUACUGGGAUAUCUUAUCUCCUAGAGAAUUGAUGUAUGCUUAGUACAAGAGCUCGAAGAGAGGCUGCUACUCUGGAGUUAUCUCCUCUAUCCCCUGGCUCUCAAAGACGUAUGGAAGGACAGUUUCCAAUCUCUCCUAUCAGAAACUUGACAUCCAAGGUUAAGUCAUCUGCCCAAAUGUCUUCUCCUCAGUGAGAUUCUCAGCCUCUCCUUCAGAAAUCACAUGUGAGUGAUAUGGGGCUGUUCUGGGAAAGAUGCUUCCUUGCAUGUUGUCUUGUUAAUUAUGUUUUCAAUUCUUCUGCCCCUUCUUGUUGUUGUCUUUUCGUAAACCUACAUUGUGAGGUCAGUGGCGCAUGGACUGUCUUCCUGUUACUUGUUUGUACAGUGCCUGGCACAAUGAGCCUUAAUCUCUGAGUGGAGUCUGUAGGUGCUACUGUAAUACAAAAAUAAAUAAUAAAGUGCCUUAAAGACCUCUUCAGGAAUGGAUGCCUACAAUUUGACUUACUGGGACUGAUUUUUCCAGUUUACGUGCAUCUAAGUGAUCAUUUUGGUCUUUUUCCCUUUAGCUUUCCCCACAAUUUGUUUCUGAUGUACAUCUUUAGUUAUAUCUAUGAGUAGGACUACGAUUAUGUCAUGGAAUCCGUGACUUCCAGAGACCUCUGUGAUAUUUUCUGCCCUGGAGCUAGACUGCUGACGGUGGGCAACGGCUCUCUGAGGCCCCCAGCAGCUCCCACUCACUGUGGGAGGCUGGGCUCCCUAUAGCUGCCCAGCCAUGGCAGGUGGUAAGAGUCCCCCUCUCCCACCCAGCUGCCCAGUCGUGGCGGGCAGCAGGGAACCCUGCAGCAGCCCAGCCACUGUGGGGGACCCCUCCACAGCAGCUCCUCCGCAGCAGGAGGUGGGGGAGGGCGGGCAGACCCCACAGCAGCCCAGCUGCGGGCGGCGGGCUGGGAUUGGACCCUCUCCCUCCCCAUUUUGUCAGAUUUAUUUUUAGUAAAAAUCAGGGACAGGUCACAGGCUUCCAUUAAUUUUUUAUUGCCUGUGACCUGUCCCUGAUUUUUACUAAAAAUAUCCAUGCCAAAUCUGAGCCUUAUCUAUUAGUUUACAAUAUAGAACCACACUAUUUAUGUAAAAAUCCAUGUACCCUUCUAAAAUGGCAGUGAUCUGUUUUCAUUUUGUUCAUGUGCCUUGUGGAUUUUUAUGACUUUUCUAAUUUCCAUAUGGUCCCAAGCCAGUUCAAUUUUAACAAGUGCAGGGAGUUCUCAAGCUCCAGCUCUUUUCUAAUGAGAAAUAGCUGCUCUUCUAGUCCUUUAGUACUUAAUGCAGCUUUUUUCAGCAUUCUCAUGUUCUUUCAAGUGAUUUUUUUUUUUUUUUCUGCUGCUAUUGGUAAAUGCCAACACUGUGUUACUGCAAUAAAUCUGUGUCCUUUCUGCCAUUUCUUCUUGGGGUCAGGAGGUGGGAAGGGCAGUGCCCCCUCCUUCCACUCCCCCCACCUUCCCCCAAAAAAAUCCUGCAACACCUUCGUCCUAGCAGCUUCUGUCUAGUUGGUGAGAUUUUGAUGUUACAUCUUCACUUUCUUUUAAUAUUUAUUCAAGGCUUAUUUUAUGCUCCGUUCCUUCUCUUGUACUGCAUCUCGUUCAAGCUACUUUGUACAUGUGGCAGUUUUGACAGUGUGUUCCGGACCACUUUAACAUGUGGCAUUGGUGCACAUAGCCAUCUUGCACCUCAUCCUACCACUCAUGUGUGGGUAUAACUCAACUGAGGUCAGUGAUGGUCUUGCCUAUGACAGAACUGUAGUAUUGAGCCUUUUAUAAUGGCUUACUUUUCUAAUAAUCCAGCAAGAUAUAUGGAUAACUGCUCUUAGGCCUAGUCUUCACUUACCGGCUGGUCCGGAGGCACGCCAUCUAUGUUCUGGGAUCGAUCCCGGAAGUGCUCACAAUCGACGCCGGUACUCCAGCUCGCCGAGAGGAGUACGCGGCGUCGACGGGGGGAGACUUCCGGCCGCGUCUGGACCGCGGUAAGUCCGGAGUAAGGUACUUCGAAUUCAGCUACGUUAUUAACGUAGCUGAAUUUGCGUACCUUAGUCCGAAGUCCGGACUAAGUGUAGACCAGCCCUUAGUCUCUCUGAGCCAUCUCCUGCUGCCCACAAGCAGUUAUGUAAUAGCCUGUUGCAGAUUACACAAAUAAGAAUGUUGUCAGCAUUACUGGUGAACACUGAAUGAAAUUCAUCCCAGAGGGUAUGGUUAGCACCAGGCCUUCUGCCCCACUUAAGCUCUAUGUUAAGAUCUUAUGUUGGACAGAGGGUUUUGCACAGGCCUUUUGUAAGAUCGUGAAUUUCCUGGAAGUUUUAGCUUGAACUGGAUCACAGACUUUGGCUGUAACAGUCUAAUUCCCAAUGGGUAUUUGUCCACAUGUCUAAACUAUCAGACAGUUGGGUAUAGUGACCAUCUCUAUUGAGCUGUAGACUGUGAAUCAGGACUGGACUAUUAGCAGUAUUGCAAGUUGGGAGUGAGUUUAUUUGGCAGAGCUGUAUUGAGUAUUCUAACAUGGACUCUUUCUAGCUACUUCAGUGCCUCACUUGCUUCUAACUCACUUUCAUAAGCUUCAACAUUCAUUCAAAUAAAAUAAAUAAUGGGGGAGGGGUUUUGUGUAUUGUUCAAACAUUAGAGUAGUUAUGUUCUGAAAAGCUACUAUCCAAUGGCAUAAUAGAUUCCAUACUUACUGUGUCUCAACGAUUUCUAUAUUAAAUAUGUUCAGUUUAGAAGGAAAAAAUCUUUUUCUAAGUGUCAGUUCCUGCAAAUUCAACCUUGAAUCUGAAAGUUAAGCUGGGUUCUUUCUCUCACACUGCCAGCAAUAAAGAUUUUUGCCAUGAAACCUUAAUUAAUCAUUCUGUUGCCAAUUCAUAAGGCAAAACAGAAUCCAGUUGUCUAUCCCUUUCUCUCUUCCCCUUGAGCUGUAUUGCUUUGCAAUGCUACCAAGACAAAAACAUUUUUUUUAAAUUAAUCAUUAAAGCAGAUGUGAUUCUGAAUAUCUCUGGGGAAAUACUUCUGAGUAAGAAGGUGUCAUUUUUACAUACAUAUUUUACAGUAUAGAACUAUACUCAUAAAUGUAACUCAAGAUGUACCUCAGAAACAAACUAUUCCUUUAUUCCUUCUAAAACCAUAUUCGAACGUUCUGCUUUAUAUGGCUUUUUCUUACCCCAUUGCUGUAGCUAACCUCCACUGCAUAUCCCUGCAUUCAAGAAAGCUAAUAUUGGUGGAUAUUGACAGCAAAGGCAAACACAGGAAAUCUGCCCCUUUAAAGGGGUUCCCUUUAAAAAGUGAUUUUUAGUAACCUGCACUUCUUACAGCUCUAAAUACUGAGUUGCAAAUAGACAAAGAUGUGUUGGAUUGUAAAUGUACUCAUGUUUAUGGCUGCAAUUGAGGGUAAACAGUUGCCUGCAUAUGCCAGCUACUAUGGAAAUAUGUUUAAGUUCUAAUGUGGGCUGUAAACCAAAACUACUUCAGUUCAGAAAAAAAUUCAAUACUUAAACUGUGGAGAGGAGUACUGAUGCCAGAGAAAACAUACUCCUUUAAUAAUGUUUGAACAUAGAGCUGUGAUGCAGUUUGCAGCAGGGCAGUGAGAAAAACCCACAACUAAUCCUUCAUUGCUGCUGUCUGAACUUUUGGUUGUCUGCCAUCCUUUAAACAGCGACUUCUUUUUUCUGGUGACUCAAUGCGUGAAUGACUUAGUGUGGAGAGUUUAAGCUACAUACAAAAAGAGAUAUUAGUAAGAAAUAGCCUGAUUUACAAAAGUUUUGGCUAUACACACCGGCAGAUCAGGUUUUUGUAUCUUAACUCCUCUUCAGUGCCUAGAGAAAAAUGUAAUAAAUGGAGACUUUUUUUUGUAAGGAAAUAAUUCAGUUGCUUAGACUCCCUCCCCCCCCCCCCCCCCCCCAAAAAAAAAAAAAAAAAGCGUUUGGUGAUGUAUGGAAACAAAAUUCUGUUGAGUUCUCGGUUUUUAAAGUUUAUAAAUGGUAACCUUUGGGUAGAAGUUUCUUUGAUUAUUUUUAACCUCUUUGCCCCCUCCCGCUGCCUUUAAUAUAGUUUUUGGAUAGGUGUGUUUAAAUUUUGCCCCAGAUCCCUAAGUGGCCCCCUCAAGGAUUGAACUCACAACCCUAGAUUUAGCAGGCCAAUGCUCAAACCACUGAGCUAUCCCUAGUUAUAUGCUUUUACUCUGUUAAGUAAUUCCUCCCCUCACUUUUGCCUUUUCAUCCUUCCAGUAUUUGUAUUUAUCAUGCUCUCCACACCCUGCCUUAGUUGAUCAGCCAAGCUACACAUAAGAGGAGAGUUUGAUUUUUUUUUUCCCCUUCUCCUCCCCUUCCCCUCAACUAUUUUGAUCAGUGUCUCUCUGGUUAUUAAGUGCCCACAAGUGCAAACAGCAUUCUCGUUCGGGAUGUAAAUUUCAGGAGGAAAAAACAUUCUGCUGAAUAGAAUCAGGCUGAUGACCUGGAUUUAACACUUUUUGACUAAUUCUAAUAUCAAAAGCAACAAGGAGUCCAGUGGCACCUUAUUUCUGUAUCCACAAAAACAACAUGGAGUAUAUCUCUCCAAGAAAGCCCUGAGGGAGAGACCAGUAUUUCCUCUACAAACAAAUUUGUUUAGUCAGUUAUUUGAACAAGAACACCCCUCUCCUCCCUGCCUUUGUAGAUACCUCAGAGUACUAUGUUAAUGUACAUUUUGUUCCUUUUCAUGAAUAACAAGCAUCUGUGAGUCUCACAAGAGCCCCAUGCAGUUUGCAUUUGUAACUUUAUUUGUGUAUGAUUUUUUCAUCAUGUACGUUUCCUGACACUAACAGUACUGACUUUGUUUACUUAGCUUGUUGAGCUGUACUUCAUUCAAAUAACACUAUGCAGAACUGUAACACUGAUUUGGUGCUUUAAAAUAAAAAAAAGUUUAAAAAUUGA